CUGACAGCUGUACAAUAACAAAAACACUUCAAAGCAACUUCUCAUUCAGUUUACUUUCUUUAGUUUCAUUCAGUCAUUUACAAUGAUAAUACGAUAACAUUUCCAUUAACAAUUCGAAAUGGCUGAACGGGACGAACGAAAUUCGGGGCAGCCGAAUUUCAUCAAAUCUCAAGUCAACCAAUUCCUGCACUCAUUGUCUUCGUCGCCUACGGAGGAAGAUUUUGUUGUAACUUAUUGUGAUAUUUUCUGGACAAUAAUUUCAGUUUUUGGAAGAAUUAUUUCCAUUGGCAUUACGAUCAAUGUUGCAUUUAAUUACUAUCGAAAUGAUCAAAUGAACUACUUUGCGUGGACGGUCGGUUGUUUUGUCUUGCCUAUGCUGGUGACUACUUUUCUACAAAUAACAAUAUAUUUGCAAGACUUCAACGCCAGCCAAAGUUCAAAACCUCCUUCGUUUUGCGAAAUUUUGUGGUUUGUGAUCGUCUUUCCGUUUCUGUUUAGAUAUUGUCAGUCCCUGACCUAUGCAAUUGCUAGCAAACGAGCGGAACGAGCUAAUAAUCGAGAGGACCAAAAGAAGUACUUUGAGCUUCUGAUACACGAAGACAGCGAUGUCGCAUUGAUCAGAAUAUUUGAGUGCUUUUUAGAGGUAGCACCGCAAAAGAUUCUUCAAAUAACAAUCAUCUUGGGCGAAGGACGAAUGAAUGUACCUCAAAUACUUUCGAUAUUAAGCUCCUUUUUGAGCAUGGCUUGGUGCAUUGCCUCUUAUCAUCGUUGCAUUCGAUUUUCACAAGUGGAUAAAGCCAACAUUUCGUGGUGGGGAACAAUUAUGCAGUGGCUGUGCCAUUUUCUCGUCUCAGUGUCUCGUGUUCUAUCCAUUGCUGCUGUGGCAAGUAUUUUCCCCAAAUGGACCUUAAUAGGUUGUUCCGUUCAUGCGAUGUCAAUGGCACUGUGGAUAUUUCUGUUCGAUCGAUCGCCGUUCUGUGCUACGUCAAUGUUCCAUAGCUUCGCAUUUUCGCUCGUUCUGGGUAUGGUGUUCAUAUUCAAUUACAUUUUGCCGAAAGUGCGUCGAACUCGUUACCGAUACGCGAUUUUCUAUUCGAUUUGUUUUGUGGAGAACGUAGCUUGCGUUUAUUUCUUUUACAAUUACGCCAGCCACGACACAAUGGAAAAGACUUAUUUUAUUUUCAUUUGUGUUUUGGCUAUCGUACCGUUUGCUUUGGGUAUUGCAUUUAUGAUAAUUUAUUAUACGAAAUUCCAUCCAAAUAUAAUCGUAAGACGUGAUGUCGACUGUGUACCGUCGGAGAGUAGUUAAGUAAAGUAACUAAGCAAAAUAGGCUAAGUUUAUUGUAAGUGUAAGUAUAUCACAAUUUCUAUUUUUAUAUGCAAAUUAUACAAAGACAACAAUUUCUA